AUGGCCGAGUCAGUAAAGUACACGGCCAUGUUACCAAGAAAAGCUGAAAAUUCCAAGUGGCCUGGAUUUAAUUAUUUAGCACGUAUAGAUUUGAAGCUUGGGUGUUUUAUGCGAAGAAGAUCUUGUGGAGUUCAACCUUUAAUCUUUGAUCCAGAAAUCGAAAAGACUUGCCAAAGGAAUAAUGCUGUAAGAAGAGAGGGAGAGCGUGAACAAGCAGACAUGGCUGAUAAUAUAGAUGAUCUAUUUCAUCAAGAGGAGCACCAGAUGUUGCAACAUCAACUCAACCAACAUAAUCAAAAUCAAAAUCAAAGGCCCCGACCUCCUGUUGCACCUGAUGCAGUUGCUGGUGGAUCUUUUGAAAGGAAGGGGAUUGAUGAGGCAUAUGAUUUAAUAGAAGAGAUGGAAAGCCAUAGCCAUUAUCAAAAUACCUCUGAAAGGAAGAAGCCAGUAGGAGUCUAUAAGAUUGAUGUCAUCAUCAUACUUAAUGCCAAAGUGAACAAUAUGAAUGGGAAGCAAUUGGAGGAUCCAUCUAGGAAGGAGGUAGAUAAGCAAGAAGAGGAAAAGAAGAAAAUCCCCAUCAUUGAUCUUGAAGAGAAAGAGGAAGUCAAGCCAUAUGUUCCACCUAUCCCUUUUCCUCAAAGGCUCAAGCAAUCAAAUGAUAAAAGCUUCCUCAAUUUCUUUGAUGUUCUUAAAAAGCUUCAAAUAAACAUAUAUUUUCCUGAAGCUCUUGCUGAAAUGCCUAGUUAUGCAAAGUUCUUGAAGGAAAUCCUAAGCAAGAAAAGGAAGAUUAACGAUCAAGGAAUGAUGCUAGGGAUGGGUGAACUGAAACCAACAAGGAUGUCUCUACAAUUAGCAAAUCGAUCAAUCAAAUAUCUAAGGGGUAUUGUAGAAGAUGUGCUCAUCAACAUAGAUGAAGAUAGAGAAGGAUCACUCAUCCUUGGUAAACCUUUUCUUGCAACCGCUAGAGCUUUGAUUGAUGUGUAUGAAGGUAAGCUAACAUUAAGGGUAGGUCAAGAGGAAUUUGUGUUUGAUGUUCUUAAAUCUUGUAAGCUUCCUAUGGAUUAUAAUGAUUGCUUUAGAAUUGAUGUUAUUAAUGAUUGCGUAAAAGACACCUUGCAUGUUAAAGAAAAAUUGACCACUGAUAAAGGUGAUAUAAACAUUGAUAUCGAAAACAUCAAAAGUGAGAAAGAAAGUGAACCACCCAAGCAAGAACUGAAACAACUAUCAUCCUAUUUAAAUUAUGCAUUCUUAGGUGAGAACAACUCUUAUCUUGUUAUUAUUUCUUCUAAAUUAUCACUUGAUCAAGAGAAAAGGUUAUUACAGGUUCUAGGCAAGCAUAGGAAAGCUUUAGGGUAG